UUCCUGGUGAAAUCCUGCUUUGGACGUGCAUCCCUACAUCAGGAACGACAUUUGAUAAUCACACAAAUCCUAUUUUAAAAAAGAAUUUCAAUCCAAAAGGACAUCAUUUUUCUUCAAAUUUCGUUAAAACGCGCAUUAAAAUAAUCAUCGAACAAAAAAAAGUUUUUUUUUUAAACAAGUAAAAUGGAUUUUACAAGUUAUUUGAGUGCUAUUUUUUUGAUGGAAAACUUUUCGUGAGCUCGAUGAAAAUAAUAAGUUUUUUUAGUUAAAGUUAAAACGGGUUAUUUCUUUCUUGGGAAGUUAUUUUUCGUUAUUUUUUGAAUCGGUUUUAAAAAUGACUUUGGAACUGAGUGCGCAUCCGGCAAUGCCAUUAGACUAUAGCAGUGGUAUUCGGGAAUCUUCAAGAAGUCCUGUCAACAUUUCUGAUGGUCCAGUUAGCCCGCCGGGACAUAGCGCUUUCAAAGUUGUUACACCUAAAGGAAGAGACGGUAAUGGAAAUGAUCGUUCAUCGCCUCAUCCAUUUCAAGCAGCAAGAUUUUUAUGGAGCCCACCUUUAUUACCAGGUGGUCCACGAUAUUUAACAUCUUUAGUUCAUCAUAGUCAAGAAUUAACUGAAAAUUCCGCCGUCGAUCAAAUUAAAUUUGGAAUUAAUCGAUUAGUAUCAAAAUCAUCCGAUGAUGAAGACGAUCAUGGUUACGAUAACAAUAAUUUGUCAAAAUCGAAUGGCGAUAAAGAACUGAUGAUGAUGUCCCCUCGAUUAAGGGAGAGUCAAUGGGAUAGAUCCCCAUCCAGAUUGGAUCAAAGUCCGAGACCGAGUCCUAGUACAAGCCCUGAAUUGGAAGUUGAUUCUCCGGUUCAUUCGAGAACAAAUUCCCCAUCUCCCAGACCACCUUCAAUAACUGAGAUACCGAAAAGUUCUUCAUCGUCGCCGAAGAAAUCUGAAACUUUUUCUGUAAGCGCUCUUUUAAGACCGGAUAUUCCAAAGGGACGACCGCUGGUGCAAGAAACGGUUUCGGUGACGCGAUCUUAUAUGUAUCCAACGAUUAUGGUAGAUUUUUUAAGAGAUACGCAUUUAAAAUCGGUUCAAGAAUACAGUUCGCAAUUUUUACCAAGAAAUUUUGUGCACCCCGGAUUAGUUCCUCCAAUUUAUCCAACUCCUAAAGAAAGUGAAGAUCGUCUUUUAGCAAACCCAACCUCCAUAUACAUAGGAGCCAUGGCAGCAGCCCUUGCAAACGGACAAGCAGCAGCUGCAGCUAGCCAAUAUCCACCUCCAGUUCAACAAGAUGAACUUUACAGGUUGAGAAAUCAAUUUGGGGCCGCUAUGCACCCACAUCAUCAUCACUUACUAAUGAGACCAGGCAUGAUGCCUUUGGGCGACGUGUAUUCUUGUAUAAAAUGUGAAAAAAUGUUCUCAACCCCACACGGAUUGGAAGUGCACGCAAGACGAUCUCAUAAUGGAAAGAGACCUUUCGCUUGUGAAUUGUGUAAUAAGACUUUCGGGCACGAAAUCAGCUUAAGUCAACAUAGAGCUGUACAUAACGUAGAAAAAGUAUUCGAAUGUAAACAGUGUGGAAAAUCCUUCAAGAGAUCGUCAACGUUAUCAACACAUCUCCUCAUCCAUUCUGACACAAGACCGUAUCCUUGUCAGUUCUGUGGAAAGAGAUUCCAUCAAAAAUCCGACAUGAAGAAACACACCUACAUUCACACCGGUGAAAAGCCACAUAAAUGUACAGUAUGUGGAAAAGCUUUCAGUCAAUCAUCAAAUUUAAUAACCCACUCAAGAAAACAUACCGGGUUUAAACCAUUCGCUUGCGAUUUAUGUGGACGAGCUUUCCAACGAAAAGUUGAUCUUCGAAGACACAAAGAAACUCAACACACCGAAUUAAGACCGAUGGUUACAUAGUGUCAAAAUGCGACCGGAAGCGCACAACAUCCGGUCAUUGUUCACGACGCUAAAGAGCAUGCUGAAUCUACGAUUACGCGAGAAAGACAACAGAUUUAUGAAGAGCCAAGUUCCUCUUCGAUGUCUUUACAUUAUUCCGAUUCUGACGCUCACCAUCAACAUCAAUUAAGGCUUCAGUCGUUCGCUACUGGUCAUAUAAGCUGGACGUAAGAAAAAAAACUUUCUCAACGAAGAUUUAUAAUAAGAAAAAGGUGAAAAGUGUGUUAUUUUUUGUCUGUGAUUUUAAAAAGUAAAAGGAAACACAUCAUUGUAUGAAAAAUCUGUAAUUAUUAAUGAUUAAUAAUAAAUGUUAACUUUUUUAGGGAAAAACUGUAA